CCGCUGGCGAGAUACGGCAACACUGCAUUAAAAACACGCGCAAGUGAAAUUAAACAAAUGGAAAACACAAGUUAACGACGAAUUUGUCAAUAUUUUACGCUUUAAAACAACUUAUUAAUAAGUUUGGUGUUUCACGAAAAACCGCGCUACCUCAGCAUACACAAGACUUUGUACAUAUUAAGCCCAAACCCGACACAAGCUAACCAUGGCUGGCGUACUCUUCGAGGAUAUAUUCAAUGUAAAGGACAUGGAUCCGGAGGGCAAGAAGUUCGACCGAGUUUCCCGCCUCCACUGUGAAUCCGAGUCUUUCAAAAUGGACCUCAUCCUAGACAUCAACUCGUGGCUGUAUCCCAUGGAGCUCGGCGACAAGUUCCGCCUGGUGCUGGCCACGACGCUGCGUGAGGACGGCUGUCCAGACAGUGGCGAGUACAAUCCCAUGGAGCACGAAGGCACGCGGGCGGACAGCUUCGAGUAUGUAAUGUACGGCAAGAUCUACCGAAUCGAGGGCGACGAGGCGCACAACGAGGCAUCCCGGCUUUCUGCCUACGUCUCCUUCGGUGGCCUGCUGAUGCGACUCCAAGGAGAUGCCAAUAACCUGCACGGGUUCGAGGUCGAUCAGCACAUGUACCUGCUGAUGAAGCGGCUGGCUUUCUGAAUUUUCCCUAUCUACUUAUUUCUGUUCGCAAAUUAGACAUAAACAACAACUUUAUUUACAGUA